AUGGGGCAUCGCGUGCUCGCGGCGCUGCUGGCGCUGCACGCUGCGGCGCUGUAUUUGUUCACCACGGGCUUCUUCCUGACGCGCUUCGAAGUGUCGGACCUCAGCAGCUGCCACGCGUCUCCGUCCGAAGCCAGCUCCAGCCCCUCGCACCUCCGUGGCGGCCAUGAAGACGCAGGAGGCUCCGACGACGCUGCAACUGAAGGCUGCUGGAUGCCUCGACGCUUCCGGCGCGUCGUGUUCGUGGUGAUUGACGCGCUCCGGUUCGACUUCGCGGCUGCCCGGUCGAGCUCGCAACGGUCGGCGUUCUACAGCGACCGACUGCCGGUUCUCAAUGAUACCCUGGCUACCGAGCCGGAGCACGCGCUACUGCUCAAGUUCGUGGCGGACCCGCCCACGAUGACCAUGCAAAGGCUCAAGGGACUGACGACCGGCUCGCUCCCGACGUUCUUGGACAUCAAGGACAACAUGGCGACCAGCAGCCAGAUUGUCGAGGACAAUUUGCUGCGCCAGCUGCGCGCGCAACAGCGCGGAGUCGUGUUCAUGGGGGACGACACGUGGGACGCGCUGUAUGCUCGGGAGUUCACGAGGAAGUUCGCCUUUGACUCGUUCAAUGUCAAGGACCUGCACUCGGUGGAUCGGGGGGUCACAGCGCACUUGUUUCCGGAACUGCACAAGCCUGACUGGGACUUGUUGAUCGCGCACUUCUUAGGAGUGGACCAUGUCGGACAUACCCAUGGCCCUAGCUCCGUCUUCAUGGCUGAGAAACUGGAUGAGAUGAACGGGGUACUAACAAAGUUGCUGCAGGAGCUCAAGGAGAUGCCGGGCGGGGAAGACGUGCUUCUGGCUGUGCUGGGAGACCACGGCAUGUCGGCUGAUGGGAACCACGGAGGUGCCAGUGACGAAGAGACGGGAGCUGCGUUGUUCCUGUACAGCAAGGCAUCACUUGUCGCUACGGGAGGCGGGACGGAUGACGAGCUGCAAAAGUAUGCGGAGAGAAUACUCGACAGCUCGCGCGAGGUACCGCAAGUUGAUCUUGUUCCGACACUAGCACUGCUGAGUGGCUUGCCUAUCCCGUUUGGCAACCUUGGCAGCGUGAUUCCGUCAUUGUUCUUUGUACCACCAGCAACUACAAAGCAGACAUCAGUUGGAGGUGAGGAAAAUAAAGCGGUGACCGCCUUUCAGUCGCUGAAUCGCGCAUUGCGGCUGAACCUGGAUCAGGUGCGACGCUACCUCUUUCGAUAUUCAUCGGAAUCCAAGCUGCCGGAGCGAGCGUAUGAUCAUCUGGAGAAGCUAUUCGUCGGCAUCAAGAAUGUUGAGAAGCAAUUGGAGGGAGUGUACGGAAGCGAAUCAAGCUCAACGUAUUCGAAAGCAGACAUUCCGUUGCUACUGCGCCUUCAUGAAGACCUGGCAAAACAGCAGCAGAAUUAUCUGCGCGAAACCUUGUCACUGGGUCGUUCUAUCUGGACGCAGUUCGAUUUGUGCAGUAUGGGCUGGGGAAUGGCGCUGCUUACGUGGUCCUUUAUCGUGGGCGUUAGAAAAUCUGCAAGUGGAAGCCCAGUGAGUGAGUCAUGGAGAUAUCUGGGUGCUGUCGCUAUUGUGGGCGGCCUGUUCUUCGUCUGUCCUGCAAGUAUCAACUUGCCCUUGCUUCCGGCUGCCCCGUUGUCACGAGCGUUGGUGGUAGCUUCGUGCAGUGGUUUGGCUCAGUUGACUUUGCUGGUGUCGGUUCCACGCAAAUCUACUGUUAUACUAACUACUGGAGGCCCUUGGAGCGGUAUCAGAACAUGGCUACCUUCCAUAUCUGCGGUGGGGGUGGUUGUCACGGUGGUCGUCGUACUUCAUGCGCUGGCGCUGCUGUCCAAUAGCUACAUCGUGGCUGAAGGCAAUGUUAUGCAAUUUCUAUCAGCCACCAUCGGGUUCUUCCUGCUUGGUUGCGCGCAAUGUACGAGCGUCAACAGAGCUUCCGCUACGGUUGCUGCACUGAUGUUCCUUUGCGCCACGCGGGUAAGCAGCGCCAUCGAACCACCCAACAUCAUCAAGGCGUCCACGACACUAGGGUCAACGUUUGCCCCACUCGCUGCAACAGCCCUACUUGCUGUUGGGUCUUCCUUGAAGGCUGCUCAAUUCACUGGACGUCCGCUCUGCUGCGUGUGCGCUAUCUUCUGGGCAGCUUCACCAAUCGAGGUGACUUUCUGGCGACUGUGGCUUCCCCGCUUCGUUUAUUUGAGCUUCUUGGGAAGUCUAGUUUACCUCCUCGUGCGCGCAUUACGGCAGCAGAGACGGAAAGCCUCCGGUGGAGAACCAUUGCAACUGGCAAACGACCACCUCAUCUUAACGUGGCAACUCGUUCCAGCGUUUAUGCUGGUGCUUGGACCCACGUCACCGUUGUCGGUGCUUUGUCUGGUGACGCAGUGUCUAAGCUUUGCGUUUAUCGUCACUUGCCGCCGAUCUGGUGCUGUAGCAGUAUCUGGGAGCAUCACACCUUGGAUACUGCUUUGGGCUUCGUGUUCGUACCAAGCGUUCUUCACCACGGGCCAUGCAAACACCUUCACGAGCUUGCAAAAUGCCGCAGGGUUCGUGGGUUUCGACGUCUUCAACUUCUACGCCGCAGGAGCCCUACUGGGGUUGAACACGUUCGGUUGCUUCGCGCUGGCAGUGCUGGCGCUACCCUGGCUGGCCUUGAGCAGACAGCAAUGCCGAUUGGGCCAAGAGAGAUUGGCCCUUGCGUUCUCGGCCUAUUUCUCUCUCAAUGCGUUGGUGUCAACGCUGUUUGUCGCGCUCCAGCGAAGACACCUGAUGGUGUGGGCCAUCUUCGCUCCUAAGUUCAUCUUCGACGGUGUGGUGCUGCUCGUCACUGAAUCGCUGUUGCUUUUACUAUUUGCGCCGUUUUCACGUCACCAAGACAAGAGCUCGACAAACUUAGAUAAACUAGAGUAG